GAAGUACUUGUUACCGCUCGUGUGACCUCCUCUCUAACGCUGACACUGCUUUAGAGGCAGAUCGGUGUAAUGUGCUCAGACGGUCAUUUCUAAUAAAAAGAAAAAGAUAUAAAGCUUGAGCUUUCUGCGGUCGGAUAAACAGGACACUACGGCCAUGAGCACCAUGUUUGCAGACACCAUUCUGAUCGUGUUCAUCUCGGUGUGUACGGCGCUGUUGGCCGAAGGAAUAACUUGGGUUUUAGUGUAUCGCACUGAAAAGUACAAGAGGCUAAAGGCAGAAGUGGAAAAACAAAGCAAGAAACUGGAGAAGAAAAAGGAAACCAUCACAGAAUCUGCAGGACGUCAACAGAAGAAAAAGAUUGAGAGACAAGAGGAGAAACUGAAGAACAACAACAGAGAUCUUUCCAUGGUACGCAUGAAGUCCAUGUUCGCCAUCGGCUUCUGCUUUACAGCUUUGAUGGGCAUGUUCAACUCCAUCUUUGAUGGACGAGUAGUGGCCAAACUGCCGUUCGUGCCGCUGUCGUACAUCCAGGGUCUGUCACACCGCAACCUCCUGGGCGAGGAUUUCACUGACUGCUCCUUUAUCUUCCUGUACAUCCUCUGCACCAUGUCCAUCAGACAGAACAUUCAGAAGAUGCUCGGCCUCGCACCGUCCAGAGCCGCGACCAAACAGGCCGGUGGCUUCCUGGGACCUCCUCCUCAAGCAGCCAAGUUUUCCUAACCCUCAGAUGGGUUCCGGCACCUUGACUGUGUGUCAGCACGGCUCUCUCGUCCGAGCACGGACACAAACUGCUCGGGCUGGAGCGAAACGUAUUAUCUGCUGCAGCUAACUGUGAUCACUCUCUUCUGUUUGAGUUCCCAUUCGUUUGUUGUUUAUUUAACUUGAGAGUUGUCUCACUUAGAAAUUAGAGGGAGAAAAGUUGUUAUAAUAACAUAAUGAUUACCAAAGGAUACAAACAUCUACCUUGUAUUCAGCACAUGGCAUUUCGUCAUUUUUGGGGGGAUUUUAAUUAAUAAUUGGCACAUUAACAUCUGAUCCAUUCAGUAUUAUCAUGACUAAUUGUUAAUAAAGUUUUAUAAUUACAUUUUA